CCUUAUCAGAAGAAGACCAAAAGAUGUGUCAAAAGAUUCCAGGUUCAACCCUUUCUUUGAGGGUAGAAAAGGCAAAUUGCCUUGCGUGGGAUAAACGCUUCCGUUGGUCAUGGACAAGACGGGUAAAGUAAGUUACAGACAGAACGGUAAUGACGGGAGGUUCACCGACGGGGGCGAGUGGCAAGUCCGACCGUGGAUUUCGUACGAGUUAUUCAUGGUUGAAUAAUGAUUGUGUGCGACAAAACAAGUCCGUCUUUCUCUUCUUCAUGGCUCUUUUUUUCCCCUUUACUCCCCUCCAGCCCGGCCACUUAUCUGAUUCUUUUUUUUGCACGUGCAUGAAAUCCAGUUCAUCCCCCAGCUGUCUUGACUGGAGUUACAGCUAAAAUUCAGCACACCCGCCCUCGUCUAAAUAGGACUUAUCUCCUGCUCUCACGCCCACCCG